CAGCGUCUUAAGGAACAUUGUUGUUCAAAACGAAUUUGAGUGCGCGCGAAAGUUCCGCAAUCAUGAAGCUGUUCGCUACACUCGCUGUCUUUGUCGUAUUGGCUUGCACCUUGGUCAGCACACUACCGGCUGUCUACGAUGGACCUACUUAUGAACUGGCUACCAUCGAUGAUCCAGUGGACGACGAAAUGCCGUCGGAUCUGUCGCCCAUCCGGAACCGGCGCGUGACCUGCGACCUUCUGUCCUGGCAGUCCAAGUGGCUGAGUAUCCAUCACAGUGCCUGCGCAGCCAGAUGCCUGACGCAACGUCGCAAGGGUGGUCGCUGCCGCGACGGUAUCUGCGUCUGCAGGAAUUAGGCGUCGUGCUCGCCCUUGAAUCGUUCCACUCUUGGUCAACGCAACAACGUUCCAUGGAUCUCGCUGUCACUCAUUGUCCCACUAUCUAUUGACUACGUUGGUAAACGCCGUUGCAUUGUAAUCCAAAUUAAUAUUCGUGGGAGAUCACGAAGGGACGCGAUUUAAUCAUCCGAUCGAUAGUUUUGGCCUCGAUUGUCCAUCCCGCCGAGCGAAUUUUCGUCGAAACGGAUAACGUCAUUAUUAACGAUAAUUAUUUUAAUCGCUCCCGCGCGUCAUUACCGAGCGUGUUAAUAAGAAUAACAGUUCUUGUUCGCGUCAGCGUCGCGACGGGAGUUUCCCCGGGAAAUUGACAAGAAAUGAUAUUGACGUUAUUAAUGGAAGUUAAUUAAACCGUUUAUCGUAAUGGCACUGUGAUAGGACAUUUACAUAACAUUUGUCAGACGAUGUCAAUCGAUUCAUUAUGGCGCGUGCAUAAAAUUUCGGCCAAACCAAGCGUAGUCAUUGCGAAUUAUUUUAAUGUAUACAUUUCGAUUAAUAUUAAAUAAUUAUAAUAUUUAUGCCAUAUAUUAUUUUUUAAAAUCGAUUAAAUGUCGGUAUAUAAUUGCAUCGAUAUUUACAAAUACUGGCUACUACGACCAAACGUAGUCGUGCGAAAUCUUGAUAAAUACAUGUUGAUUAAUACUGA